CUCCACUAUCUGUAAUUUACUACUGCGUGUGUGUGAAUAGAGAAAAGAUAUGGCGAUGGCACUUAAAUUGGGUGGCAUAGCAAAAUCAUCUUCAUCAUGGCUGCCACUGAAAAGAUUUGUAAAUACACAAAACAAGAAAUGGGUAUUCAACCCUUUAGCCUGUUCUUUAAGUAGCUCAUCAAAAUCAAGUAAACAGCUUAUACUUUACUCCAAGCCUGGCUGUUGUUUGUGUGAUGGUCUCAAAGAAAAGCUUAAUGCUGCUUUCUCUCUCUCCCCCACUGACCCUUCUCUCUCUCUCCAAGAUGUUAAUCUUGAGAUAAGGGAUAUUACUACGAAUCCUGAGUGGGAAAAGGCUUAUGAGUAUGAAAUUCCGGUUCUUGCUAGAGUCGGUCCUGAUGGCACUGAGGAAAUCCUUCCUCGGUUAUCUCCUCGCCUUGGAGUUGCACUUAUCCAGAAGAAAGUAGCUGCAGCCUUUGACCACUAACAUGUUUGGAAUUUAAUCAAUUGUGAUAUAUUCUAGAGUAUGUUGUGACCAUUGUUAUAUACAUGCUGCUUUACAUCUUGGAGGGAAAUCUUGAUUAUAGUAUAUUUGGUGGCGGGCAAGGGGCGUUGUACUUGUUCCAACUUGACAAAUUGAAGAACUCAAUUUUAUUGUACAAUUUCAAUUUUGCAAGUCAUUAUUUCAAUUCUGUCAACUAGGUUCAUGCUAGGUGCAUAUGUCUGAAUUUAUGUUGAUCAUUCCUACUGCGUCCGUGUUGUACAUAUGGUAGACCAUAGAUCUGUAUAGAUGUACUUCUCUCUCUA